AAAAAAAAAUAAUAAUAAUUUGUAUCGUUUGGGAGUUAUAGAAGAAGAAGAAGAAGAAGAAGAAGAAGAGAGAGAAGUCAGCAGCAGCUUUGUCUUCUUUGUAUUCUUGCAAGAUCUCUCUUUCAUUUCAACUUCAACAGCUCCGCUUUUGUUUAGCUUCUCUUCUUUCAUUACACAACCAAAAAAAAAAAAAACUUGGGGAUCAAGUUUUUGGCUGGACGCAACUAUUUUCACACUCAAGUCAACUACUAAAUUGAAGAUAAUUAGAAUCUGGAAUUGUCUGUGAAGAACUCAGGGAAAAUUUGGAUUCAAGUGCAGUUAAAGGAACAAGGUGACAGGUUGGAGUCGAUACAGUCCAAUUUCAGAUGAGGUUUCAUUAGCACUUAAUCAAACACAGAUCAAGAAGAGAGAAUAUAUGUUCAAAUAGCCUAAGAAGCUGUGACUUUAUGUUUGCAAUGGGAACAAUGGCAGAAUUGGGAACCAUGGGAAAGUUUGGAGCCAUGGCAGAAGAGCAGCAAGUUAACCAGAUGGUCAUGGAUAAACAAUCGGCAGAAGAAUGGCUAUCGCGCGUCCAUUCACUAAUACCAUCAGUGCUCAGCAAGGCCAAAACGGUUAAGAAUUUCGCAGGACGUUGGAAGACCAUAAUCUCAAAGAUUGAUCAGAUUCCAGGUUGUCUAUCUGACCUCUCAAGCCACCCUUGUUUCUCCAAGAACAAGCUCUGCAACGAGCAGUUACAAUCUGUGGUUAAGACGCUUAACGAAGUGAUAGAGCUUGCAGAGUUGUGUUCAACUGACAAGUAUGAAGGGAAGCUGCGUAUGCAGAGCGAUCUCGAUGCUUUAUCUGGAAAACUGGAUUUGAAUCUAAGAGACUGUAUGGUUUUGAUCAAGACCGGCGUCCUCGGUGAAGCCACACUACCUCUAUAUAUCUCAAGUUCUCUGGAAACACCCAAAAUUUCCAGUUUAAAAGAACUUCUAGCGAGGCUUCAGAUCGGUCACUUGGAAUCAAAACACAAUGCUCUCGAGAACCUCCUCCGUGCAAUGCAAGAAGAUGAAAAGAUGGUUAUGCCUUUGAUCGGACGAGCCAACGUAGCAGCUUUAGUCCAACUGUUAACAGCAACUUCGACAAGAAUCAGAGAGAAAGCUGUGAAUCUCAUCAGCGUAUUAGCGGAAUCAGGACACUGCGACGAGUGGCUUAUCUCCGAAGGUGUAUUGCCUCCUCUAGUGAGGCUAAUCGAAUCAGGAAGUCUUGAAACCAAAGAAAAAGCUGCAAUUGCGAUCCAGAGGCUGUCCAUGACAGAGGAAAACGCGAGGGAAAUCGCAGGACACGGGGGAAUCACACCGCUGAUCGAUCUCUGUAAAACAGGGGAUUCAGUGUCACAAGCUGCGUCCGCAGCUGCUUUGAAGAACAUCUCAGCAGUUUCAGAGCUCAGACAGUUACUUGGAGAAGAAGGAAUGGUUAGAGUCGCGAUCGAUCUCCUAGACCACGGGAUACUGUUAGGAUCAAGAGAACACAUGGCGGAGUGUUUGCAGAAUCUCACUGCAGCGAGCGAAGCUCUGCGUGAAGCCAUUGUUUCAGAAGGCGGAGUUCCGAGUCUCUUGGCAUACCUAGACGGUCCGCUGCCGCAAGAACCGGCGGUGACGGCGCUGAGAAAUCUAAUCCCGUCGGUGAAUUCAGAG